AUGCGUCCUCUUGGUCUAUUAUUAUUAUUAUGGCUAGCAUGGCUUGCUGGCGUUGCUAUCGCCCCUGCAAUUGCCCAAGAGUGCAGCAACUCUGGCCCGGUGGCGAACGUUGGCGCAAUUCAGGCGUUGCUCAACAAUGCAUCCAUGACCACCAUCUGUCUUCCUGCACAAACCUAUUCCAUCACCACAGUCUUGACUGUCUCGCGAAGCGUGAAUAUUGUCGGCACAAACACAGUAUUCAACCUUGGCGGAAGCACAGCUCGGUUCAUCACCAUCUCAGCCAACCUGCCGCUCGUCAGCAUUUCCGGCAUCAGGUUUAACGCUCAAAGCAGCACUUAUUUGUUAGAAAGCAAAGGGCGCGUCAUGUACGUCGACAGCGGCACCCGCUUAGUGUGGAGGAACUCUGUCGUGCUCGACGCGCUCAUGUAUUAUGGUGGCGCACUCUACCUUAACACGGGAGCAAGCGUCGAGGGUACUGGCCUCUCCUUCACUGGGUGCGGAGGCGUGUCAGGAUAUGCUGGGUAUUGGUAUGGUGGCGUCGUUUAUCUGAUGACAACGGCAUCGUUCAGCUGCACCGGUUGCAACUUCCAAGAUGGCUAUCUGGCGGGAGCAAGCAGCUUAGGAGCCGUCUUUUAUUUAGCGUCGCCGUCUUACGUUCGCCUCUACAACUCGACCAUCACCGGCAACCAAGGCUCGAAUAACGCUGGAGUCGCAUACUUGGACGAUGAUUCCGUGUUUGAAGCUUUCAACUCGACCAUCACUAGAAAUCGGGCUGAUCCAACAGGAGGCGGCGCGGGCUAUGGCGGUGUGCUGUACGCGGUCGAUCGCGCCGAUAUUUGGUUUCAGGACUGCACAGUCACCAGCAACCUGGCCGCCGCUACUGGCGGUGUCAUUUAUGCUGGCGUUUCGGCAAACAUUACAAUCCUCCGGUCGAACUUUAGCUCCAACUCGGCGUCUUCGGAUUCUGGUGUCAUGUACGUUGGAAACGGCGCCGGCAUCGUCAUCGACAGUUCAACGUUUCUCUCGAAUUCGGCAAGCACCGACGCUGGCGUCAUUCGCACCGGAACAACGGCUCAAAUCACCAUCACAUCCAGCACCUUUUCCCAAAACUCGGCUUCGGGCGCUGGUGGCGUGUUCUUGCUGGAAGGCGCAAAUUCUGCAGUUACUGCGUCCGACACCGUGUUUUCCAGCAACCAAGCUACCAGCGGUGGUGUUUUGGACAUGAUUUCAAGCAACACUCUGCGCGCAUCCUUCUUCCGCUGCAACUUUACGGCAAACAUGCUUUCUGCGUCCGGUACGGGCGGCACAGUGUUCCGCGUUCGCAACAACCAGAUUGUUGUCGUGGAUUCAAUCUUGACCGGCAACGUUCGCGCAUCGACCAGCUCUAACACGGGCAUGAUUCAAGUGGAUUCAAGUGGAAGAGUCGGUGUCGUCAACUCGCAGCUGUCCGGCAACAGUGGCACCCGGCAAUUUGAUGCUCUUUUGGCGUCAGCUACCCUGCUGACCUUGGGCGCGAGCAUUACUCCCUCCGGCUCGACAAUGAUUAACGAGCCAAAUCUUGCCGCGUACUGCAUUGAUUGCAAAGCGAUUGCUCCUUUCCUCUGCACUGCUGUUCCAGCGUGCGCCUUUGUGUCAUCGUCACAAGUGGUCACACCGGCAUCCUUGUUGUCUUCCGCAACACCAUCAUCUGCCACGCCAUCUGUGACACCAUCGUCUGCCACGCCAUCUGUGACACCAUCGUCCGCUACUCCAUCAGUGACACCAGCUUCUGUCGCCACACCACUGACAUUUGUCGAGUCGUCGGCAACGCCCGUUGCAUCAUCCGCAACGCCAUCUGUUCCUGCAUCCUCCUCUGUCGUCACCACACCGCCGCUCAGUUCGCAUUCCAGCACGGUGGUGUCCAUCCUCCCAGCCACCACGACUCCGUUGCUCCAUUCUUCGGCCACACCACCACUCGCACCAUCCUCGAGCGUUUCAUCUUCUGGCACGCCAGCUUCGCCCAAUUCGCAAACAUCGUCGUCGGACAACAUAUCCAUCAUUGCAGCCGUCUCCGGAGCUGCUGGUGGCUUGCUGUUUGUUUGCCUGCUUGUUUUUGUGAUGCGGCGGCGACGUACCGCUGCCAAGCGCCGUGCAUCCCAAGAGCCAAACAGCAUGCCAAUUCAAGCCAAUCCCCUGGCAGCGCCUGUCCCGGACUAUGAGAGAAAGCCGUCGUACAUUCAUGCUGUCCACCAGAGCACAUUGGCCAAUCCGAUUUACGACGCUGUUGGGCAGUCCAGUCCACGCCAACCCCCGCGACCACCAAAAAGCGGCAAGCACGAGGAAGCCUUGUACACUGAUGCGUCGAGCCGCUCCCCGAACACCCAGGGUACGCAGUAUGCCUCUCUGGUGCAAGGCUGGCACAGCAAUUCGAAUAGCUCGAGCGAGUAUCAAGUGCCACGCGAAACCUUUGCCGAGUAUCAAGUGCCAGGUGGAACCGGCUCCCAAUAUCAAGUGCCGCACGAAGCCUCGUCCGAGUAUCAAGUGCCGCAUGCUUCCUCUCCAACCUAUGCUACGUUGGAUUUGUAG